ACUCUUUCUUCGUUUUCCCUUUUGAAUUCUGAGGCAAAAUGUCAAUCACUCCUUCGCUCUCUCCUCUUCACUCUCCAUUUCUUUGCAUUCCGCUCAAACUCUCCACUCCGUCUUUGUCCUUCAAAUGUGGAAGGAAUCAGCGGCCGCCGCCCUCUUAUCCAUGCAUCAGAGCCGUUGAAUUUGAUCAGAACACGGUAGUAGCAGUGUCGGUUGGACUUGUCAGCGUUGCGGUUGGAAUCGGCAUUCCAAUCUUCUACGAAAAUCAGAUCGACAAUGCAGCUAACCGAGAAAAUACCCAACCGUGCUUCCCUUGCAAUGGAACCGGUGCCCAGAGGUGUAGAUUUUGCAUGGGAAAUGGCACGAUCAGUGUAGAGCUUGGCGGGGAUGAAAAAGAGGUUUCGAAAUGCGUGAACUGCGAAGGAGUUGGUUCCUUAACAUGCACUACUUGCCAAGGUAGUGGGAUUCAGCCUCGGUAUCUUGAUCGCAGGGAAUUUAAAGAUGACGACUGAGGUGCAAGGGCAAAGAAUUUGGACUUGCCUCGUGGGGAUUGUUGAUAAACAUAAACCCAGUGAUUUUGAAGGACAU